AAUAUCUUUGGAGAAAACACAUCUGAGAUGCAGGACAUUCUUCAGAUUGUUGUUCAGGCCUUCAUGAGGAUGAAGAAGUUCAUACAGAAUUGCAGCUGUAUGUUUGUGCAUCAGAAUGUUUCAGAUGUCACAGCUGGAGAGAAAAUCAAGGAGGGAAGGAGACGACUGCAGGAGAAACUGGAUAAGAUGACAAAACUCAAUGCUGAAGAGGAAGACUGUGAUGCAGAAUGUUUCAGUGAUGUCAUUAAAUUUGAUGUUCAGAAUGAUGUGAAGUAUUUUGCUCAGCUCUGGGAGGGCAGCCCACCCAUGGCACCACCAAACCCAAACUACUGUGAGAAUAUUCAUGAACUAAAGAAAACCAUUAUGUCUCAUGCCUCAAAAUCACAUGGAACAAAGCUGAAAGAUUUAAAAGAUCAUAUUAAAGAUCUCUGGGAAGCUUUACUGAAGGAGCGAUUCGUCUUCAGUUUCAGAAAUUCUCUGGAGAUUUCAGCCUACAAGAAAUUGAAGACUGAAUACAGCAAAUGGUCCUGGAGUCUUCGCAGUACCAUGAUGGAAACUGAGAACAAACUAUACAACAAAAUAGAAAAUGAAGCAAUUCAUGAGAUUGAGGAAACUGAUCUUCAAACAGAACUAAAGAAGAAAAGUGAAGAAGUGGAGAAAUCAAUGUCUGAAUUCUUUGAGAAAGACAAAGAUAAAGAUAUACUGAUUCACUGGAAAACAUCGUUUGAAAUCAAAAUCAAAGAGCUUCAGAAAAACAUUGUGAGAGAAACAAAGAGGAAAUUUUGUGAUAUUAUUAAGCAGCGAGACCUGAAGAAAAACUCUGAUGCUCAGAGAACACAUUAUGAAAACACUCUCUAUGAAAAGAGCAAAGAUCCUACCUUACAACUCAAAGACAAAUCUAAUGAUGAAGAAAUACUUAAGAAAGAUGAUGAUGACUGCAGGAGAGGAAGAGAAGCAGCACAGCAGAUGAUGAGUUUACUGGAGAAGAAAGAUCUGACAGAAAUCAAAGAAUCAGUUCUGCCUCAUCAGGGGAAACUGUGGCAUCAGUGGAGUCAGAAGAACAAAGAACUACAUCGACCUCGAGCAGAUGAGACAGAAAUGGACAUCAGCAGAAAACAAACAGAAAUUAAGGAAAUCCGUCAACAACAGUAUAAUUCUAACAUCAGUGAGUUCAUAAAAUACUUUGUAAAACAAAUGAACUCACAUGCUGAACAGGAGAAGAUGUUUUUUAUUAACUGCCUCAUAAUCCUACUGGAUGAAUAUAUUUCAGCUGACCUUUCCAAUCUACAUAACAAGUAUGAUGAAAAAUGGUCAAAGGUCUUAAAACUCAAAGAGAAACAUGAUAAAUCUGAAACACUCAAAGCUGAACAAACUGAACUUGAGAGAAUAUCUGAGGAACUUCAAGCUUCAGAAUUUGGUCUGCAGCACAUCAUGAGGGAGAUCGGUCAGAUCUAUGAAUCAUGUUCAUCUGUGAAGAAGAACAAGAAAGACCUGCAGUUUCACUUCUCUUCUCUCCCGAGUCUUGCAGCAGAGAUGAUGAUCUCUGGAUUUCCACUGGAGCUGAUGGAUGGAGAUGCUGCUCAUGUUCCUGUGAUCUGGAUCUCUGCUGUUCUAGAUGAACUCAUCCAGAAACUGGGAGACCAGAGAGUCUUUGUGCUUUCAGUUUUAGGGCUUCAGAGCUCUGGGAAAUCCACCAUGCUGAAUGCCAUGUUUGGACUCCAGUUUGCUGUCAGUGCUGGCAGGUGCACCAGAGGAGCUUUUAUGCAGCUGGUCAAAGUGUCAGACGAGAUGAAAACACAGAUGAACUUUGACUAUAUUCUGGUUGUUGAUACUGAGGGUCUUCGUGCUCUAGAACUGGCUAGAAGAUCAACAAAAGUUCAUGACAAUGAAUUGGCCACAUUUGUUUUUGGUCUUGGAAAUCUGACCUUGAUCAACAUCUUUGGAGAAAACCCAUCUGAGAUGCAGGACAUUCUUCAGAUUGUUGUUCAGGCCUUCCUGAGGAUGAAGAAGGUCAGACUGAAUCCCAGCUGUGUGUUUGUGCAUCAGAACGUCUCAGAUGUCACAGCCAGAGAGAAAAACAUGGAGGGAAGGAGACGACUGCUGGAGAAACUGGAUGAGAUGACAAAACUCACUGCUAAAGAGGAAGACUGUGAUGCAGAAUGUUUCAGUGAUGUCACUAGAUUUGAUGUACAGAAUGAUGUGAAGUAUUUUGCUCAGCUCUGGGAGGGAAACCCACCGAUGGCACCACCAAACCCAAACUACUGUGAGAAUAUUCAUGAACUAAAGAAAACCAUUAUGUCUCAUGCCUCAAAAUCACAUGGAACAAAGCUGAAAGAUUUAAAAGAUCAUAUUAAAGAUCUCUGGGAAGCUUUACUGAAGGAGCGAUUCGUCUUCAGUUUCAGAAAUUCUCUGGAGAUUUCAGCCUACAAGAAAUUGAAGACUGAAUACAGCAAAUGGUCCUGGAGUCUUCGCAGUACCAUGAUGGAAACUGAGAACAAACUAUACAACAAAAUAGAAAAUGAAGCAAUUCAUGAGAUUGAGGAAACUGAUCUUCAAACAGAACUAAAGAAGAAAAGUGAAGAAGUGGAGAAAUCAAUGUCUGAAUUCUUUGAGAAAGACAAAGAUAAAGAUAUACUGAUUCACUGGAAAACAUCGUUUGAAAUCAAAAUCAAAGAGCUUCAGAAAAACAUUGUGAGAGAAACAAAGAGGAAAUUUUGUGAUAUUAUUAAGCAGCGAGACCUGAAGAAAAACUCUGAUGCUCAGAGAACACAUUAUGAAAACACUCUCUAUGAAAAGAGCAAAGAUCCUACCUUACAACUCAAAGACAAAUCUAAUGAUGAAGAAAUACUUAAGAAAGAUGAUGAUGACUGCAGGAGAGGAAGAGAAGCAGCACAGCAGAUGAUGAGUUUACUGGAGAAGAAAGAUCUGACAGAAAUCAAAGAAUCAGUUCUGCCUCAUCAGGGGAAACUGUGGCAUCAGUGGAGUCAGAAGAACAAAGAACUACAUCGACCUCGAGCAGAUGAGACAGAAAUGGACAUCAGCAGAAAACAAACAGAAAUUAAGGAAAUCCGUCAACAACAGUAUAAUUCUAACAUCAGUGAGUUCAUAAAAUACUUUGUAAAACAAAUGAACUCACAUGCUGAACAGGAGAAGAUGUUUUUUAUUAACUGCCUCAUAAUCCUACUGGAUGAAUAUAUUUCAGCUGACCUUUCCAAUCUACAUAACAAGUAUGAUGAAAAAUGGUCAAAGGUCUUAAAACUCAAAGAGAAACAUGAUAAAUCUGAAACACUCAAAGCUGAACAAACUGAACUUGAGAGAAUAUCUGAGGAACUUCAAGCUUCAGAAUUUGGUCUGCAGCACAUCAUGAGGGAGAUCGGUCAGAUCUAUGAAUCAUGUUCAUCUGUGAAGAAGAACAAGAAAGACCUGCAGUUUCACUUCUCUUCUCUCCCGAGUCUUGCAGCAGAGAUGAUGAUCUCUGGAUUUCCACUGGAGCUGAUGGAUGGAGAUGCUGCUCAUGUUCCUGUGAUCUGGAUCUCUGCUGUUCUAGAUGAACUCAUCCAGAAACUGGGAGACCAGAGAGUCUUUGUGCUUUCAGUUUUAGGGCUUCAGAGCUCUGGGAAAUCCACCAUGCUGAAUGCCAUGUUUGGACUCCAGUUUGCUGUCAGUGCUGGCAGGUGCACCAGAGGAGCUUUUAUGCAGCUGGUCAAAGUGUCAGACGAGAUGAAAACACAGAUGAACUUUGACUAUAUUCUGGUUGUUGAUACUGAGGGUCUUCGUGCUCUAGAACUGGCUAGAAGAUCAACAAAAGUUCAUGACAAUGAAUUGGCCACAUUUGUUUUUGGUCUUGGAAAUCUGACCUUGAUCAACAUCUUUGGAGAAAACCCAUCUGAGAUGCAGGACAUUCUUCAGAUUGUUGUUCAGGCCUUCCUGAGGAUGAAGAAGGUCAGACUGAAUCCCAGCUGUGUGUUUGUGCAUCAGAACGUCUCAGAUGUCACAGCCAGAGAGAAAAACAUGGAGGGAAGGAGACGACUGCUGGAGAAACUGGAUGAGAUGACAAAACUCACUGCUAAAGAGGAAGACUGUGAUGCAGAAUGUUUCAGUGAUGUCACUAGAUUUGAUGUACAGAAUGAUGUGAAGUAUUUUGCUCAGCUCUGGGAGGGAAACCCACCGAUGGCACCACCAAACCCAAACUACUGUGAGAAUAUUCAAGAACUAAAGAAAACUGUUAUGUCUCAAGCCUCAAAAUCAGGUGGAAUGAUGCUAAUUGAUUUAAAAGAUCAUAUUAAAGAUCUUUGGGAAGCUUUACUGAAUGAGCGAUUCAUCUUCAGCUUCAGAAAUUCUCUGGAGAUUUCAGCCUACAGGAAACUGGAGACAAAAUACAGCAAAUGGUCCUGGAGUCUUCGCAGUACCAUGAUGGAAACUGAGAACAAACUAUACAACAAAAUAGAAAAUGAAGCAAUUCAUGAGAUUGAGGAAACUGAUCUUCAAACAGAUCUGAAGAAGACAAGUGAAGAAGUGGAAAGAUCAAUGUCUGAAUUCUUUGAGAAAGACAAAGAUAAAGAUAUACUGAUUCAGUGGAAAACUUCAUUUGAAAUCAAAAUCAAAGAGCUUCAGGAAAACAUUGUGAGAGAAACAAAGAGGAAAUUAAAUGAGAUUCUUCAGCAGCGAGACAUGAAGAAAAAGAUUGAUGGUCACAGGACACAUCAUGAAAAUGAACAUGCCUUAAAACUCAAAGACAAAACAAAUGAUGCAAGAAUACUUAAUAAAAAGUUUGAUGCUCAGAGGACACAUCAUGAAAACACUCUCUAUGAAAAGAGCAAAGAACUUGCCUUAAAACUCAAAGACAAAACAAAUGAUGAAGAAACACUGAAGAAAGAGUUUGAUUUGAUUUGCGAUUCUAGUGAGGAUAAGAUUAUCUCAGACAUUCCUACGAUUGAAGACAUUGACAUAAUGAGAGAUGUAAGAGAGAUCCUCAGUGAUGCAUAUGAAGGGCAUCUCGAUGCAGACCACAUAAAAGAGGACAUUUUCACUGUGUCAAGUUAUUCUGAAUAUGUUAUUUUCAAAAAGUCCACAAAAAAAGGGUUAAAGUGGGUUGCAAAACGUGCUUGGAGAAAAGUAAAAAAAAAAAAAAAAAAAAAACGAACUCUUUCUCCAGAGAAGGAAGCUGAAAUAAAGUUGUUAGUCACAGAUGUUGUUCAGCAGACAGACAGAAUGAUUCAGUCAUUUAAUAUUUCAAAGAUGGGCUACAACAUCAGCUACAUUCAACAACUCACAGAUUACAUCAAGAGAAGAGUAACAGAACAUGAGGAAAGAGCAGUGAAAUAUAAGUUUAAGAAUGAAUUCAUCAUGGAUUUGGUUUAUUCCAUCUGUAAGAGGGCAAAAAAGAUGAUCACUGACCAACAUAGACUGAAGAGAGAAGAAUACUACAGUAUUUUCCAGAAAUACUGUCAUGGAGCAACAUCAGCUGCCAUUUUUGGAGAGAUCAUCUGUCAGAAACUGAAAGAGCCCAUUGAGCAGAGUGUCUACAAGAAGACUGCCAGAGAUCUGACAGAUGAAAUGAUGACAAACUGUGAAUCACUGAAUGGAAACAGAUCAAAUCUGGAUAAACACAUCCUGAAGACACUGGCAGAAGAGGAGGAUUUUAACAAAUACAUGAAUUACAUUUAUAAUCCCAGAGAUCACUUCAAGAGUUUCAUCAGAGAUGAAGUCAGUCGGUACAUCACUGAUAAGUUCAGUGUCAGUGUUUUACACAAGAUGAAGGAGAACAUUGAACUCCUGCAGCAGAAGAUCAUGAAAGCAGCACAUGAAUCUACUGAACAUGUUCAAGUGAACAGAGGAGAUGUUGGUUUGUGGUUGAAUAGUUUCACACAGCAGCUGUCAGAUGUGCUGAUCUUCUCUGAAAAAGUGAAACAUGAUGAUUUUCAAGAUUUGAACCUCUUAGAAGAUGUGAUAAGACAAGAACUUACUGCUAUAAUGUCUGAUAUGAGCAGUAGAUUCAACACAAAAACAUUUGAUGAAAAUCUAGACCUCAGUUUCAGACCAGGUGAACUUCUGAUUGAUCACUUCUGUCAGUGCUGUUGGGUUCAGUGUCCGUUCUGUGGAGCCACCUGCACCAACACCAUAGAAAACCACCAUGAAGAUCACAGUGUUGUUUUCUACAGAGUGAAUGGAAUUAACAGCACAUAUUGCGGUUUAAACCAGAAUCUCUGUGCUGAUAUUUGUACAAAUUUAGUGCCAAGUGAUCAGUAUUUUUAUACACCAGAUGGAAGAUUCCCUUGGAGACAUUAUAGAACAGCAGGAGGAGUUUAUGCAGAUUGGAGCAUCAUCCCUGACCACUCCGAUCUGCCCUACUGGAAGUGGUUUGUGUGCAGAUUCCAGAAAGAUCUAGAAAUGCACUAUGUUCCAGAUGAAUGGAAAAAAUACAGAAAACAUGAUGCUAUAAAGAGUUUGGAUCAGUAUAUGUAAUGGAGAUGAUUAGAAAAACAAAAUAAUUAAACUCUUACAUCUAUGAUCACAGCAAGUGUUUCUAUUACACACCACAGAGAUUCUGAAAUCAUCAACAUCUCAGCAAAUAUGAGAGGUUGACAAGAUUCAUCACUCGUACAAAUUCUGCAACAUUUAAUAAAAUUACUGACCAAUGUAUUAUAUGGAUUUUUAGAGGCAUAUUACGAUUUGAAGAGGCUCAGCUUUACUUAAUUUGCAUGAUGUUCUGUAUGUUUUCACAUAUAUUUUCACAUAUAUAUAUAUAUAUAUAAUCAGGUGUAUGUUUAUUUAAUUAUUUGUCUGGGGCAGGAAAAGCGUUUACCUGUGUUUUGUGUUUGAGCAGAUUCCUUACAACUGUGGACAAUUAGAGUGUGCUUAAAAGAAGCCAAGUUGCUACACUCUAGUGGCGGAACUUGAGCGGCCAUCCAGACAUGGAGUUGCAUUCUCCAUUGUGUUUACUCUUUAUUUUCCUGUCUAAUUUCUCCCACACUUUGUUUAUAUAUUGUGGUAUUUCAAUAAAUUCCCCUUUUGACCGAG